UUCCUUUCGUAAUCAUAUCAUCUGCUCCAGCACAAGUGGAGUGCCUACUUGGUUGUAAACCUCGAAUCACCUUGUUUCAAGAAAGUUCCUUGCGCGACUUGCGCGACCACCCGCUUUUCGCCCUCCAAGCAAGUCCGUGAACGACACGCCGGGAACACGUAGCUUGACCCGAUCGAGCUGCGCUGUUCCUCACAGGCUCCGAGGCCAGUAAGAUAAUCCAGAGAGCCUCCACACGCGGCGCGCCAUGGCGACCCGAGCACCAGAACGCGCCACGCAUGCCAUCCACCCGUCGCUUUAAGCUCCCCCCGCCCCCUGCACCGGAGACACCUCACUCUCUCACCCCCACUCUGCCGCUGCCACCUCGCAUCGCAAGCUCUCAACCGACCGACCAACGCCGAUGUCCGGCGGCGUGGGCCCGACGGCGGGGGGCGGCAUCGCGCUGCCGUCGAUGGGGCAGCCGCCGCCGCCGCUGCACCCUACGCCCACCUCGCCCACGGCGCGCCCGCACCACCACUACUACCUCUUCUCCAUCAAGCAGCUCAACACGCUGGGCGCCGCCGCCGUGCUCGCCUUCUCCACCACCGUGCCGCUCUCGGAGAUCGCCUUCGCCGUGCUGCUCCUCCCCUACCUCCUCCUCCUGGCGUCGCUCGCCUUCCCGCAGCGCCCCGGGAAGCCCGACCCGUCCGCGCCCGUCUUCCUCGGCCCCGCGCGCCUCCUCCUCGCCGCGCACACCGUCGGCGGCUUCCUCGUCGCCGCCGCGCUCCCGGCGCUCUACAUCCUCGACGGCCUCCGCUCCGGGGACACCACGGGCAUCGCCGCCGCGGCCCCGCACGCCUUCCUGCUCUCCGCGCAGGUGUUCACCGAGGGGCUAACCGCCGCCUUCCCGUGGCGGUUCUCGCUCCCCGUCCGGGCCGCCGUCCCCGUGAUGUACAGCGUCCGCAGGAUGUUCGCGGCCGGGGAGUGGCUCCGGCAGGAGAUGGAGGAGAAGCGCGGCGGCCCCGGCGUGGCGCAGCGGCGCGUGGUGGCCGGGAGGGUGCUCGCCCUGGCCAACAUGGCCUUCUGGGGCGCCAACCUCUUCGCCUUCCUCCUGCCCUUCUACCUGCCCAGGGCGCUCCAGAGGUACUACUGCGACGACGGCGUCGACCGCACGGCGCGCGCCCACGGCGACGCCGACGAAGACGAAGAUAAGAAGGAUUCCUAGAUAAUCCCAUGCCGUCGCGUGUGAUGGCUGCGUACGCCGCGGUGCAUGUUUUACUCCAGUAGUUUGUUGUUUUUCUCCCUUGCCCGAAUAUUUUCGCCAUGUAAAAUUUCUCAGCAGUAGAUGUCAGCGAAUGCAACUGGUAAACUGUAUGCA